CUCGGCCUCACGGUUGUCCUGAAGAUAUAUAGAUGUACAGACUUGUAGUGCAGAACUGAGCUGAGCUGAGCUGAACUUUCAGACGACUGCGGGCGUUUCAUGGCAGUUUUCUACAUUUCAGACUGGAAUUGACCAAAGCCCAUAAUUCUUGUCAGGCUCCAAGCACCUGGGAACCAUCAUACGCUUAAACAUAUGGACAGCCGUGGAGUUUAAAAUUUGAAGAAAGAAAGAUCACAAGACUGAUCUGAACGCAGACAAGGGGUAGAUCUCCACUGAGAAACGACACGACGGGAGAAAAUCUGCAGGCAAGAACUUCGAGCGAGAAUUGCAACGAUGUUGGAGGAAUGGGGUCGUGGGGAGUGGAUCAAGUUCGGCGUCAGUGUUGUGCUGGGGGCACAGAUUUUGGCCUACGUGCUGAAGACAUGGAUUUUCAAUGGAAAGUCGGGCAAGGUGCCUCCUGGAGAGCUAGGCUGGCCAUUGUGGGACGAGACGCUGAACUACCUGAGCUCGUGCGCUGACUCUCGAAGUCCAGGGAAGUGGAUCGAUGAGAAGAGAGCUCUGUACGGCGAUGUAUUUAAAGCUCGACUGUUCGGCGUUCCCACGGUGUUCGCCCUGGGAUCUGCAGGCAACCGCUGGGUCUUAUCGAACGAUCAGGUGCUGUUCCGCCAGGCCUGGCCCAAGUCCAUGAGAACUGUGUUCGGCCAGGACUCGGUCCUCGUGGCACAUGGAGAGAAGUUCCGACACUUGCGGCUGCACAUUGAACAAUUUCUGGGCACAGAAGCAGUCAAGCGCUUCAUCGGAUCCAUGGAGUCUUGCACUCUGAGCCGCCUCGAGAGGUGGCAGCAGCAGCAGCAGGAUGUGAAAGUCUACCCAGAGCUCCACGAGCACACCUUCAAGGUCGCACUCGAGCUGAUCAUGGGCGGUGCACCAGAAGUGAACUUCCACAAGAUGGAGCAAAAUUGUCUCGUACUGGGUUUGAAUAUGUUCUCCGUGCCCAUAAAUCUGCCAUGGACCCGAUUCGGGAAGGCCAUGAAAGCCCAAGGUGAGAUUCUCAAAGUGUUCAACUCGGAAAUCCGCAGGCGAAGAGCAGAGUGGUAUGCCGGCCUUUCUCCCUUGGGCAAAGGAGGUCGCCUCUCCUCGAACAACUUGGACCUCGCCCGGGAUCUGCUCGAUCUGUUCAUGUUCUGGGAGACGGACAAAACAAAUUCACAGCAGAAAGAGUGGGAAUUCACCGACACGGAAAUUGCACAAAACAUGCUCGUCGUCAUCGAAGGAGCCCAUGGCACCACAGCUGCCACUCUGACCAACGCCAUGUACUACUUGUCGACCCGACCUCACAUCGUCCAGGAGCUCCGCAAAGAGGUUUUGUCGGUGGCUGAGGCCAAGAAAGCGGACGAGCCACUGAGCUGGGCUGAAAUAAGGAACAUGACCUACACGCGCAAUGUCCUUCUCGAGACUUUGCGCAUGCGCACCACGGUGCCCCAGCUGAACAAGGAGACUGUGCAAGACCUUGAAUUCGAAGGAUUCACCAUUCCCAAAGGCUGGGUGGUCACUUGUUGCCCCAGGCAGACGCAUAACAGAGAGGAGAACUUCCCAAAUCCGGAGUUGUUCGAUCCGAGCAGGUUCAAUCAGAGUCCCGAUCUCUACUCGUUCAUCCCGUUCGGCCGAGGUCCCAGAAUGUGCCCAGGAGAAAAGUUCGGCAUGACCGUGAUGCAAGUCUUUCUGUACCAUCUCGUGGCCAAGUUCGACUGGGAGCUCGUCGACCCCGAAGAGCAGUUCACCAUGUUCUUCGCUCCUACCCCCAAAAACGGCUUGCCCGUCAAGCUGACACCACGAAAACUUCUCUAAACCCUCUCCCAACUGGGGGCUAGAGACGUCCCCCCACCCCAGCCCUCCCUUCCCCCACCCAAAACAUCGAACGCCCGCACAUCCCUUCCACCCUUACCCCCACGUGGCGGGUGUUAGGAGCACAAGCUGUACGGUCUGGGGUCCACUGCGAAGGUUUAGCGUAUAUAGAGCCGGAAGCACAUUCGCAGUCGAUCAAAAUCCCCGAGCAUUCGGGUAAUAAAGUUCCGCCAGGCUGGCAGCCUGUAGAGUACUCUCGUCCUUUCAAUGUCCGGUCCUUUGUUGUCUCGCAGCAGCAAUCAGAGGUGUUUGUCCGACGCGCACGCAGAGAAGUGAGCAAUAUGUAUGUCGAGAGAAAACAAUGGCUCUUCUGUGCGAGUGUCAAGUCGUCGUGCUUCCGUUCUUACACUCCUGUUGCCUCGAGCGGAUCUGGCACCGACUUCGCCACAGCAGUAAUUCAAAAAUUCCACAUCUGAUGGUAUGAGGUC